AUGGCGGCAGGGCUCAAGACCAUCAUCGCUUUGUCCUUCGUUCUCGCUAUCGGUUUCCUCCUUGUCAUCCUAUCUUCAGCUCUGUUUCAUAACUAUCUGCCAUUACUCGUUGUCGCAACCUAUGUUAUCGCACCACUACCCAACUGGAUAUGUGGACGAUGUGCGAACCCAGAUGACUUUAUGGAGAAUGCUGGCAAUGCAGUGAUCGACUUCGGAAGGUUCUGCACAGGGUUCUUGGUUGUUAUGGGGAUUGGUACGUUGAAAAUAUCUAUAACCUGGAGGCUUGAAGAUGCGGGCACUUCAAAAAUCUGA